AGGUUUUCGGCAGAGACGCGGGAUUUCGGGAGUCUACCGGAAAAUCCGGGAGGGUUGGCAAGUAUGAAAAAGUUUAUAUGUGCUAAAAAAAAUUCACACCUAAAUUAGGAUUCUCAAUUCCUAAUUUUCAAAAACCUAUUUUUAAGCCUGUAACGCCAAGUAUCAUAAAUGAUACAUCCUAUUUUUUUGAGCCCUCCACAUCAUCAGCGUAAUUAUUUUCUUUCUAUCAGAUCAGAUGCGUGCAUUACACCUACAAGCCAGAUGGGGGCAGUAAUUGACUAUAGCGAUGUACGGUGGUCCCGCAAGGUUUGCUACGAAGAAGAAACGAGUGAGUCCUACUUUUUGAAGAUAAACUUUGCCACAUUUGAAAACGAUAAGUUGUAAUUAUAAGAGCAUGAAAGGGAACCUCAGCAACCAAUCGUGGGGCCCACAGGAGGCCCCUCAGGGCCCGGGGGGCAUCAUCUACGUGGACUUUUACCUCCACAAGUCAUCGGUGGCGGCCAUCUUCAGCGUCUCCUACCUGCUCAUCUUUCUGCUGUGCAUGCUGGGUAACGGCGUGGUUUGUUUCCUUGUGCUGCGCAGCAAGAACAUGCGCACGGUCACCAACCUCUUCAUCCUCAACUUGGCAAUCAGCGAUCUGCUGGUGGGCAUCUUCUGCAUGCCCACCACGCUGGUGGACAACAUCAUCACGGGGUGGCCGUUUGGCAACAUGGUGUGCAAACUAAGCGGGAUGGUGCAAGGAAUCUCCGUGUCAGCGUCCGUUUUCACGCUGGUGGCCAUUGCUGUUGACCGGUUUCGCUGCAUCGUCUUCCCCUUCAAGCAGAAGUUGACCACCUCCACGUCCAAGCUGAUGAUCGUGGUCAUCUGGGUGCUGGCAGUGUCCAUCACGUGUCCGUCCGGCGUCAUGCUGCAGGUCAGCAAGGAGCCCGCCGUGCGCAUCGUCCUGCGGCGGGACAACGCCACCCGCCCCUUCUACUGGUGCCGGGAGAACUGGCCCAGUCAGGCCAUGCGGAAGCUCUACACCACGGUGCUCUUCGUCACCAUCUACCUGGCGCCGCUCAGCCUCAUCGUCGCCAUGUACGCCCGCAUCGGCCUGGCGCUCCUCAAGACCGCCGUCCCCGCGCUGAGGGGCAGCGGGAUCGGGCCCGGCGGCAGCAAGGCCAACGUGGACGCCCGCCACGCCAUCUCCAGGAAGAAGAAGAGAGUGGUCACGAUGCUGCUGGUGGUGGCGCUGCUCUUCGCGGUGUCGUGGCUGCCGCUGUGGACUCUGAUGAUGCUGAGCGACUACGCCAGCCUGAGCGAGCGCCAGCACCGCAUGGUCAACAUCUACUUGUACCCUCUGGCGCACUGGCUGGCCUUUUUCAACAGCAGCGUCAACCCCAUCGUCUACGGCUUCUUCAACGAGAAGUUCCGUAGAGGCUUCCAGGCGGCGUUUAAGUUCCAGCUCUGCUCCGUCGUCACCGAGCACCAGAGGAGCUUCUCACAUCGCGCCUGGCGGGGGAACGGUGUCCUCCCGAUUCGGCCGGCCGGCUCGGGACGGAAGGCGGCGUCUGCGGGGAGUCAGGAAGCUACGAGGGGUGACGCCGGAGCUCAGGAUUUCACCAUGGAGGACCUGGGCAAGGUUUCCCAGAUUUAGUCCCGUGGUUCACGAUGUUCCUUCGUUUGCCGUUUUCUCCGCCUCGUUUUUCACAUUCGCUUCUGACUCGAGGCGUGUCGUACCGUCUACUUCGGCCCGCGGCCGCUCCGGCUUUACAGGCUUUGGAUUGUCCGUUCCAUGCUGCCUUGUUUCCUUUUUCAACGGCCGGAUCGAUCGUCUUUGGCUUUUGUGUCUCGAUGAGGGUGAGUCACUAACGCCCGAAAUGGCCGAGCGAAUAAUUGUGUGAGUGCGUUGGCAUUAAAUUGUCCCUAAUGUCACGGGACUAAGGCCUUGUUUACACUCCACACCAAAUCAAUUUUUUUUGCCAACCUAAACGCAAAUCUGACCUUUUCAGGCUA